AUGUCGGACACUACAGAGAAGCAAGUCAAGGACGAGGCCGCGGUCACCCCGCAGCCCUACUCGAACGGGAGCCAUGACGAGGAGGUCGGGAUCGUCAACAAGAGCGGGCAGCUUCACACGGAUUUAAAGGGUCGCCAUAUGCAGAUGAUCGCGAUCGGUGGUGCUAUUGGAGCUGGUCUGUUCAUCGGAUCUGGUAGCGCUCUUUACAAAGGUGGCCCGGCUGCGUUGGUCAUCGGCUACUUCAUUGUCGGUAUCAUGUUACUGUUUACGAUGCAAGCUCUUGCCGAAUUAGCUGUGCUUUACCCUGUUAACGGUGCCUUCUAUACCUACGUUGUCCGAUUCGUCGACCCGUCUUGGGGGUUUGCUAUGGGAUGGGACUAUGCUAUCGCCUGGCUCACGGUCCUUCCGUUCGAAUUGAUCGCUGCCGGUAUCACCAUCGAGUUCUGGAGGCCUGACCUCAAUGUCGCGAUCUGGGUCACCGUAUUCCUGGUAAUCCUAACUUUGAUUCAGAUAUUCGGUGUACGAGGUUAUGGUGAAGUCGAAUUCGUCCUUAGUAUGAUCAAGAUUGCUGCUUGCACAGGUUUUAUCAUUUUGGGCAUUAUUAUAAAUUGCGGCGGAGUUGGUAGUAAGGGCUACAUCGGCGGCAAGUACUGGUACGAUCCGGGUGCUUUCAAGAACGGCUUCAACGGCUUCGCCGGUGUCUUCGUCGUGGCCGCUUUCGCCUUCGGCGGUACCGAGCUAGUUGGUCUCGCGGCGGCCGAGUCGUCCAACCCUAGACGCGCUAUUCCCAUGGCUUCCAAGCAGGUCUUCUUCCGAAUUGCUUUCUUCUACAUCAUCAACCUCCUCAUCCUCGGCCUCAUCUUGCCUUCGGAUGACGAACGUUUAAAGAACUCCUCCGGCGCCAACUCGAGCUAUUCGCCUUUCGUCUUGGCCAUUCAGGAUGCCGGUAUCGCCGUUCUACCUUCGAUAUUCAACGCGGUCAUUACUAUCUCGGUCAUUAGCGUCGCUAACUCUUGCACGUUCGGUUCCACGCGAACUAUGCAGGCGAUGGCUGAGCGAGGAAUGGCACCGAAAUUCCUUGCUUACGUCGACAAGGCCGGCCGACCGAUAUACUGUGUGAUCGUCCAGCUAGCAUUCGGUCUCUUGGGUUACCUCGGUGUCGCUUCCAACGGGCUCGACGUCUUCACCUGGCUUCUCUCGCUUUCUGGUCUGUCAUACUUCUUCGUGUGGGGCUCUUGCUGCUUAGCCCAUAUUCGUUUCCGGAUGGCUUGGAAAUCUCAGGGACGUGCCCUCAAGGAGAUCCCGUACCGCGCGCCCCUAGGAAUCUGGGGUAGUGCUAUUGGCCUGUUCCUCAACGGCCUCUGCUUGAUUGCGACUUUCUACAACGCUCUCUACCCCUCUCCCGAUGCCACCCCGGAUGCCGCAGACUUCUUCGAGCAGUACCUUGCGGCUCCCAUCGUCAUCUUCUUGUACCUGGUCUGGAAGAUUUACAGUGGUGACUGGCAAAUGUGGGUUAAGCUUCAUGAUAUCGACUUAAUGGCCGGCGCUCGCCCAUUAGAGUUCGACGAAGACGACGAGGAAGUGACGGAAAAGAAGACGUGGAAAAACUUGCCCGUACGCAUCUUCAGGGCUCUAUUCUAA